AUGGGAAAGCGCGCGAACUACGUGUCGCAGGACAUGGCUGCGGCAGCUGCUUUGCUGGCUAAAGUGAAGGGGAAACCGAAGCCAGCUGCCCCGAAAGCUGCCCCGGCCACUCCUGCAAAGACCCCCGAAGCAGAACAAGCACCAGCAGAGACCCCGGAUGAGAAGAUGACACCCAUCCGCAGCCCUUACCAGAAGAAGAGCAAGACCGAGGAAGUGGCAGAAGCCAGCACUUUCUUGACACAUGCCUGCACCGUCACGGAGGAGCCAGAUGCAGAGACCGAGACCUGCCUGGACCAACCGAUGCCAAGCCCGGAGCCUCCUACGAUCCCAAAGCGGGAGCCUUCGCAAACCACACCGGCUAAGCAGCUCUUUGCAACCCCUGCCAAAGGUGACACCCAGAUUGAGACCCAGCUGGAUGCACAUGAUGAUUUGUCAAACAAGCUCCAGGAGCUCUUGGAAGCAGAGUACGAGAAGAUCGACACUGAGGACGACAAAGCCGAGCAGGUGGAUGACCAAGGCAAGCAUGCUUGGAGCUCGUCGUGGGACGAUCAUCAUGAGGGCUGGAGCUCUCAGUCAUGGACCGAUUGGAGCUGGGACCGCUGGGACUCCUGGACUAGCCCUUGGGGCCGAUCCUGGUCACGGAAGUCCUGGAGCCACGAGGAUUGGCACGAAGAGCUGCAGCGUGGACCAUCGGUGGAUUUGGCACCGUACACUACGCAUGAGCCGGACCGCAAGGAUGAGAACGAGCAGGACCGGGUCUAUACAGCCUUGAACAGGCAGCAGACGUCUUGGUUGGAUCAGUCCCGACCUGCUGCAUGCCCGCUCCAAGAUCAAGAGCCGAGCCGCCCGAAGAUGGACCGGGAGGAGCCAACGAAGACAGUCACAGCGGAGCAGCAGGCGCCGAUCCCCCCGAAGAUCCACCAGCAGGCCGAGCCGAAGAACACAGUCACACCGGAGCACCAGGCGCCGAUCCCCCCGAAGAUCCACCAGCAGGCCGAGCCGAAGAACACAGUCACCCCGGAGCAGCAGGCGCCGAUCCCCCCGAAGAUCCACCAGCAGGCCAAGCCCAAGAACACAGUCACACCGGAGCAGCAGCAGGCGCCGAUCCCCCCGAAGAUCCACCAGCAGGCCGAGCCCAAGAACACAGUCACACCGGAGCAGCAGCAGGCGCCGAUCCCCGCGAAGAUCCACCAGCAGGCCGAGCCGAAGAACACAGUCACACCGGAGCAGCAGCAGGCGCCGAUCCCGAUGGAGACAGACCAGCAGGACCCGAAGAACACAGACCAGCAGGACCCGGCAACGACGAAGCCAGUCCAAGUCAAGGAGGAGCAGAAGAUGGGUGGUCCCGGAGAUGAGUGGCGCUGUGACAAGCGUGGGCGGCUUCUCAAGCCACAUGCGCUGUACAUGAGGUUCUACCGGAAUAUCAG